GGAUCGGGGAUUGUACCUUGUGUCCACUCUUGGUGUUCCUGCCGAUCUCGAGGAACACCGGCAGUCCCGCUCGACUUUGAUGUUCCUUGCUCUGCGAGCCGCGCGCGAAAAACGCGACGCACGAGAAGCGAUCAGUGACUAUCUGUGGUGACGAAAUGAGAGAUCGAUUUCGCGCGGGGUGACGCGUCAGACGAUAAAUCCGAUGAUCUUCAAGGAAUCUUUCUCUUGGUAUUACGUUACAACUCUUCGGUAAAAGCGAAAGUUGAUUGACGAAGAGAAAUGGUGACCGAAUCGCGACCAUAAAAAUCGUUGAAGUUCCGCGGAAGAACAUUUCGAAAAUAUCGCAGUGUGUGUAUGUGUAUUUUUUUAAUAUGUACAUCGCCGCCAAUUGCGUUGCCAAGUUUGAUGGAAUGCGAUCUGCGUUAAAGUGACAUCAAAAUGUCUUAGGAAUCUCGUCAAAAUAAUCUCACAGUUGCGCGGAGAUCAUUUUGCGAAUCUGUUCCUUGUUCUUCAUCGCGCAAGAACAUUCGACCGUAUUCCCGCCCAAAACUAGAUCUCGUCGAUGAUGGCCCUGUUAUCGAAUCAUCAUUGCAACUAUCAGAACACACAGUCCGAGGUGCUGACACCCACGUAUCCGGCCUCAGCGAGAAGCUAUGACCCCCUGUAUCCAUCACCCUACAACUCCCCGAAUUACGAUUCCACCAGAAUCGCGUAUCGGGACAGUUGCUCGCACGAGAACGAACUUACACCUCGAAGAGAGGUCGAGACGUUGGAUUACGCCAAGGACGUGGUGUCGGAAUACGCGAAGACUCCGGAGGGAUACGACCGAGGACCUUACGGAGUCCUGACGCCCGUCACCCCGCAAAGAUACGAACCAUCUCAUUCGAUAGACCAGACAACGUCGCCGCGAUCGACGUUAUACGAGGAGAGUUCGAUGGACUAUCAGCCGCCGCCAUAUUGCUACGAGACUCCUCCUCAAGAGCCGAGAUAUCAGUCUCUGGAAAACACCAAACCGAUCCUCGCGAUCGUCGAACCUCGCGUCAACUGUUGGGAACCCGUCAUUUCGACUCAGAAAAUGCCUACGACGCCGCCGAUAAGUCCGCGAAAGGGCAGACGAAGAUCGCGCGACGUCCCGCCGUCGCCGACGGUGUUGAAGCGCCGGCGUCUCGCGGCGAACGCGCGCGAGCGACGUCGCAUGAACGGGCUGAACGACGCCUUCGAUAAGUUACGCGAGGUCGUACCGAGCCUUGGGACCGAUCACAAGCUGAGUAAGUUCGAAACUCUGCAGAUGGCCCAGAGCUACAUCGCCGCUCUGUGCGACCUUCUGCAGAGGCAUGAUGCCAAGAGAUAGAUCCAACUGAGAAGUCGCACGUUUCCUUUUAAUGUCCUCUUUAAUUUUGUAAAUUUAAUAUAUUUCUCUUACGGUGCCGAAUUUAGUAACAAAACGCACAAAUUAUAUUUCAAAUAUCGAAAGAAUUGGCACGUUUUUUUUUUCAUGAUAAUUGCUAUAUAAAACUUACUGCAAGACUGAACUAUGCUUAAUCAGCACCAAAAGCACUACUACUUGUAAUCUUAAGCUAAGCAAUUAAAGGUGUGUUAUAUAUUCUAUAAAAUAUAUUCUAAUUGCAUGUCUACAAGAAUUGAAUGAUAUUUUCUAUUGGCUUUCAUUAUUAUUUUUGCGAAAUAGUUUAUUGUUUAGCUGCGAUUGUAAGAAACAUAGUAUGCAGUCAAGUGAGCGAAUAUAUAUUUUUAUGAUUUUGAGUUAUUUAAUAUUGUAUUUUUACACGUUAAGUUAAGGUACGUUGUAAACAGCUUUUUGGAGAUUGCAUUGUGAAUGUAAGCAACUGUGUGUGUAUUUGUAUAUUGUAAGUUACUUUAGUUAAGAAAAACAACAGCUAAGGAUCCAAAGACUACUCGCGCGAAAAUAUAAAAGAAGUUUCAGCCGAAAUUUUGGAGAUAUUUUUUUUUGUAAGAUAUAGUUGAUAGAUAUAUGUAUAUUUUAUCACUUUUGUAAGUUUAGUAAAAGCGCGACAAUUGUAACGGGUUUUAGUUAAGUCUACAUUUCGAAAAUAGAUUUAAAAAUUGUAAUU